AAUCAGAGUAAUUUCAACGAUUUCUAUUCUGCAAUCUCUCUUUCAUCAACUAACUUCAGAACUUCAGAUGGGAUGGGGAAACAUUUGCAUGAGACGCAUGAAAGUAUUCAAGACGGCAUUGAUAAUUUACCUGGACUACAAGACUGUACAGAAAAGAGAGAAAUGGACUAAAAAAUCUAGUUUAUGGGAAAAAGCUCAUAAGCGCAAUGCUAAGCGUGUUCUAAAUGUGAUAAUAGAGUUGGGUUGCUUAUGGGUGAAACUUGGACAGUAUUUAUCCACACGGGCUGAUGUGCUUCCGGCGGCGUACAUAUCUCUUUUCAAGCAGUUGCAGGACUCACUUCCUCCUCGUCCUUUACAAGAGGUUUGUGAUACCAUAGAGAAAGAGUUGGGUAAAUCCAUGAAUAAUCUCUUCAAGGAUUUUGUCCGUUUGGCAACAGCAUCAAUUGCACAAGUCCACCGUGCCAAGCUGAUGAAUGGGCAGGAGGUGGUUGUCAAAGUUCGGCACCAGGGCAUCAAGAAAAUUAUGUUGGAGGACUUAAAGGAUGCAAAAUCGAUUGUUGAGUGGAUAGCAUGGGCAGAACCGCUAUAUGACUUCAAUUCCAUGAUAGACGAAGGGUGUAAAGAAACAUCAAAAGAACUUGACUUCAAUCAUGAAGCUGAAAAUACUAGAAUUGUGUCUAGAAAUCUUUGCUGCAAAAACAGGUGUGAAGAUAACAACACUGCCAAUAAAGUGGACGUUCUUAUUCCUGAAGUUAUUCAGUCAACUGAAGCUGUCCUCAUUUUAGAGUAUAUGGAUGGGAUACGUUUAAAUGACUCUGAAUCUCUGGAAGGUUUUUGUGUUGAUAAGUGGAAGAUUGUAGAAGAAAUAAUACGUGCAUAUGCCCACCAAAUAUAUGUUGAUGGAUUUUUCAAUGGUGACCCUCAUCCUGGAAAUUUCCUUGUUAGCAAGGAGGCUCCUCAUCGUCCAAUUUUGCUCGACUUUGGGCUCACAAAGAAACUGUCAAACUCUGUGAAACAAGCACUAGCAAAAAUGUUGUUAGCAGCUGCAGAGGGGGACCAUGUAGCUCUUUUGUCUGCCAUGGCAGAAAUGGGACUUCAUCUGCGUCUAGACCUGCCUGAGGAGGCUAUGGAGGUUACAACUUUAUUCUUCCGUGAUUCCACACCAGCAGAUGAAGCUCAAGAAACCAUGAAAAAUAUUACCGAUCUAAAGACAAAAAACAUGAAGGUUAUACAGGAAAAAAUGAAUCUUGACCAAAAAGAAGUUAAACGCUUUAAUCCUAUUGAUGCCUUUCCUGGUGAUAUUGUAAUAUUUUCCAGGGUCCUUGGUCUUCUUAGAGGGCUUUCAUCCACCAUGAAUGUUCGCAUAGCAUAUAUGGAUAUUAUGAGACCAUUUGCUGAAUCUGUUUUAGAAGGAAACAUUAAUAUGGGACCGGCAGUUAAUCCACAAUGGAUUUAUGAUACUCCAGUCCAUUCUGAUGUGGAGGCCAAGCUCAGGAAGUUCUUAAUUGAGCUCGGGAACGAUGGUAAAAUACUUCGAAUUCAGGUUUGUGCGUACAAAGAUGGUGAGGUCAUUAUAGAUACGGCUGCUGGAGUACUUGGUAGAUAUGAUCCUCGUCCUGUUCAGCCUGAUAGUCUUUUUAAUGUUUUUUCGGUAACAAAGGGCAUCACAGCAGGACUGUUACAUUGGCUGGUUGACAAUGGAAAACUCAAGCUUGAGGAGAAUGUCGCCAAAAUUUGGCAAGGAUUUGGAUCAAAUGGAACAAAUUGGAAAGAUCUCAUAAAGGUCCAUCAUGUGCUUAAUCAUACAAGUGGUUUGCACAAUGCUUUGAUGGAGUUUGCAGCAGAAAAUCCUUUUCUACUUGCUGACUGGAAUGAAUGUUUGAGCCGGAUUGCCAUGUCAGUACCGGAAACUGAACCAGGCCAACAGCAGUUCUAUCACUAUCUGUCUUUUGGCUGGCUGUGUGGUGGAAUAAUUGAGCAUGCGUCUGGGAAGAGAUUUCAGGAGAUUCUUGAAGAAGCUUACAUUCGACCCCUAAAUAUUGAAGGCGAGCUAUAUGUUGGAAUUCCACCAGGUGUGGAAUCUCGACUUGCAAGUCUUACACUAGAUAUAGAUGAGUUCAACACACUCUUAGAGAGUCAUCAUCCUGACCUACCCUCUACGAUGCAGCCUGAGCAAUUUAUACAACUUGCUAAAACCUUUCCCCCUUUGUUUAAUAUGUUGAACCUUCGUCGUGGCAUCAUGCCAGCUACUAAUGGACAUUGCUCAGCCCGUGCAGUUGCACGCUACUAUGCAGCCUUAGCUGAUGGGGGAGUGGUCCCACCCCAACAUUCCUCUCUAUCCAAGCCGACACUUGGUAGUCACACCCACAUGCUCAAAUUUAAUUCACAGGAGAAGUCAAACAAACCAAAACAUAAGAAAAGCAAGGAGGUACCUGCUGGUCCAAAGUACAAGACAAAUAAUAAUGAUAGUCAUAGUCAGGAUGCUAGUGGUGACGGUUAUACCAGGCUCACAAAUACUGGUGGCAAGAUUUUCAGUAACCCUAGAAUCAAUGAUGCAUUCUUAGGAGUGGGUGAUUAUGGGAAUUCGGUAUUGCCAAAUGGACAAUUUGGACUAGGGUUUAAGAGGCAUACAGCCAAGGAUGGAUCGUUUAUUGGUUUUGGGCACUCGGGCAUGGGUGGAUCAACAGGUUUCUGUGACAUAAAACACAGGUUUGUUAUAGUGGUGUCCUUGAACAAAUUGUCAUUUGGUGCCAUGACUGCAAGAAUCAUUGACUUUGUUUGUUCAGAGCUUAAUAUCCCAGUGCCAGUGGAGUUUUUACCUGUUAGGGAUUUAGUGAAGCCUCUUGUUAACUAACAAUGAUAGUAUCUCAUAUCCCCUUUGUCUAAAAUAGAUUUAAAAGUAGAAGGAAGAAACUUAACUAUGUUUAUCGAAUUAAUUUGAAUGAGUAAUGCAUAUACAAGUUCUUCGUAGAAAUUAUGCAUU